AUGGCGUGCUGCCGAAGUUAUGAGCUGUCUUGCAAGGGCGGUCCCCACUGCUCCGGAACUGCCGCAGUUUGUGUGUUACCUCCUUCUUUUCCCGCUGCCUCUGCAAUUUUCCCCCUGCCAAAAGACAGCCCUGCUGAUAUUUUUAUUUCUAAACAUAAUACGACAUCGCAAACCACCGCUCACAGAACACACCGGCAAGUACCACCCACUGCGGAACAGAGAGUCUUCAGGGACAAUAGGAUGCCCUGGCUAGUGGCUUUUGUGCCGCUUUUCCUCAUGGCCUGCGCCAGCGAGCCCGCCAGCGCCUUGGCGCCCGGAUCAAGCCGAGUUGAACUCUUUAAGCAGAAGAAUUCCACGGUGCCAUUUGAGGACAACAAUGGCACGGUCAGGGAGCGGGUAGUUCAUUCGUUCCGCAUUCCCACCCUUGUUAACGUGAAUGGGGUGAUGGUUGCCAUUGCGGAUGCCCGCUACGAAACAUCCUACGACA